CUUUCCAAUAUUUUGAUAACCCAUUUUUGGGGGUUUUCUUUUCAACUCUUUUUCUGGGAAUUUUCCUUUUGCACUAUUGGAUCGUUUGUCUGCUUUCAAGUUUUGUACUUUCGUAAUGGGAUUUUGGCUUUCUUUAUUGGGAUCUUGGAUCUGGUUUUGUUCCAUUUAUUCAGAUUUGAAAAAUUGGUGAAUUCUUGGUUAUGGGUAAUUCUUGUGUAUAGGGACAAAUAAAUAAAAUAUUUGGUGGUCGAAAAUUCGAAGAAUCUUUUUGUAGUUGAGCUUAAUAUCAGAAGUAGGAAAUGGUUAACAGAUAUGGAGUGUUUUGAUUUAGAGAAAAUAUCAUGUUGCAGUGCAUAGAUGGGUUUAAGCAUUUAUUUGCUUCCCUAUUGCGAUGCUUUGAUCUCGACUUGUAUAACCAAUCGAGAGGGUUAGACGACCCCGCUGUUCUUGCAGGGGAGACUGUGUUCAGUGUAAGCGAAAUUGAAGCGCUUUAUGAACUUUUUAAGAAGAUCAGCAGUGCUGUGAUCGAUGAUGGAUUAAUUAACAAGGAAGAGUUUCAACUGGCUUUGUUCAAGACAAAUAAGAAAGAGAGCUUAUUCGCUGAUCGGGUAUUCGACUUGUUCGACAUAAAACACAAUGGAAUACUAGGUUUCGAAGAGUUUGCUCGUGCCCUUUCUGUCUUUCACCCCAAUGCCCCUAUCGAUGACAAGAUUGAAUUCUCGUUUCAGCUGUACGAUCUCAAACAGCAAGGCUUCAUCGAAAGGCAAGAGGUGAAGCAAAUGGUAGUGGCUACACUAGCAGAAUCUGGCAUGAAUUUAUCGGACGAUGUCAUUGAAAGUAUAAUCGACAAGACUUUUGAGGAAGCCGAUACAAAACAUGAUGGGAGGAUUGACAAGGAAGAGUGGAGAAGUCUUGUUCUUCGACACCCAUCUCUCUUAAAAAACAUGACACUUCAAUACCUCAAAGACAUCACCACUACAUUCCCGAGCUUUGUGUUCCAUUCGCAAGUGGACGAUACUUGAAGAACAUUCAAACCGAAUUUCAGAACACUCAGAAUUCUGUUGCUGUGUUCUCCACAUUUCAAGACUCAGUCUAUUUUGCUCUCUCAUGUAAAGGAGUUGGGAUAUUUUUUGUUUUUUGCACUAUUUUUCUUUUUAUUGUUCUUUGUACGCUAUUUGGCUUGUGUUUUUUUUUUAUUUAAGAAAAUAACAAUUAUUUGUUCAUAUGACUCUAGUUGUCAUCAGAAUUAAAUUUAUUUAGUUUGGGAUUUGAA